AUGGCAAUUUGGUUUUCUCCGGAAAAAUCCUCUCUCUCUCUUGCCAAGUUUUUUACUCUUGGUUUCCUGGUUUUCCAUUCAUGGGGUGCUGAUAUUGCAUUUUUUGCUUCAUGGGUUUUCCCAAAACUGGUUCUUUUGAGAUGGGUUGGUGAGUUCUAUUUUUGGGUUGGCAUUGAUUUUGGACAGCGGAAAAUUGCUUCUCUUCUAAGGAAAUUGAAGCCUUCAGCGCCUUUUGUUCCUGUGGAAAUCGAAGAUAGCAUAAGCAGCUAUGAGAACUCCCUUGCAAUGGUGUACACUGGCCCUCCUCUCAGUUACUCCAUCCCUGAAGUUUCUGCUUUUGAAAUUGACCAAAUCCCAGUUGCAACUCUAGCUCCUUCUCAGUCUCAUGAUUUCUCUGUGCCAGUUAUCCAACCUCUUUCCAAAACUCAUCACAAAAAGAAUCACAAGGAUUCUGUUGUGUCUUCAAAUUUGGAUACUGGUCCACUUGGAUCAUCAAACACUGCUUUUGAUUUGCAUAAGAGUACAGGCACUUUGGAAGCACCUGGGGUUGUUGGUGAUGAUAGAGAUGGCAGAGGGUUUCACAGUAAUUCUGACACCACAGAAUCAGGUUCAAGUUCAAGUUCUCUUUCUGGUUCUUCAGAGAUUUGUUCUCUCAGAGAAAAUGAACAUAAGAGUGAAACUCCAAGCCCAAAACAUGUCAAGCGUCUUUCUGCUGUGACCUUUCUUGAUCCUGAGUCAAGUUACAUGGUAGAUACAGAUAAUGAGGAGUUUGGUGAUUCUCAAGUGGGAAGUGUCCCUGAGAAGCCACAAGCUGUGAGACCUGGGAAGAAAGGUUCUUGCUAUCUGUGCCUUAAAGGGAAUCGUCUCACUGAGAAGGAGGUUUGCAUUGUUUGUGGUGCAAAGUAUUGCCGCAGCUGUGUCAUAAGGGCAAUGGGGUCCAUGCCACAGGGAAGAAAAUGUGUUACUUGCAUUGGAUACAGAAUUGAUGAGAACAAGCGGUGGAAGCUUGGGAAAUGUUCUCGGAUGCUCAAGAAGUUGCUGUCUGAGUUCUUGGUGGCUCAAAUCAUGCAAGAUGAGAGGUCUUGUGAAGCAAAUCAAAUACCACCAGAGUUUGUUCAUGUGAACUUGGAACCUCUUAAUAGGAAACAGCUCAUGUUGCUCCUCAACUGUCCAAACCCACCAAAGCAACUACAACCCGGAUCCUAUUGGUAUGAUAAAUCAUCUGGAUUUUGGGGAAAGGAAGGUCAACCUCCUUGUGAAAUCAUAACCCCCCAAUUGGAUGUUGGGGGUCGGUUGAAGGAAAAUGCAAGCAAUGGAAACACAAAAGUGACCAUAAAUGGUCGCGAGAUUACAAAGAAAGAGCUGUGGAUACUGAAGCUGGCAGGAGUGCCGUGUGUAGGAACUCUCAACUUUUGGGUGAAUGCUGAUGGGUCAUGCCAGGAGGAGGGACAGAAGAAUGACAGGGGGCGUAUAUGGGAUAAGAAUCGAGCAAAGUUGGCUUGUGCAAUUCUGUCUCUGCCAGUUCCUUCAAAGUCUCUGUCUCCUUCUCGGGAAGGCGAAAUAGCGAAUAAAGUUAAUGAAGACAACAUUCAACAUAAAACACUUCACAAAUUUCUACUUGUUGGUUCUGUCAAUUCUGGAGCAUGUACUAUAUUCAAACAGGCCAAGAUUCUAUAUAAUGUUCCUUUCUCCGAAAAUGAGCUCCAAAAUAUCAAGUUGGUGAUCCAAAGCAAUCUUUUUACCUACCUUGGUAUCCUGUUGGAGGGGCGUGAAAAUUUUGAAGAAGAGAGUUUGCUGGAGAACAGUAAAAGAUGGUCUGUUGAUGAAUCCACUUCAUCUG